GACUUCCUCUCCCUCGCUGGAUCUUGGCGGCGGAGCCCUCGUUCUCCAUGAGCCCGGGGUGAACAGGUGCCCCGGAGGUGUGGAAGAUCCGUCCCCGGGUCCGCUUGGGCGGUGCGCGUCUCUCAGGGCGGAUUAUGGAGAGCAGCGACCGGGACAUGUAUCGCCAGUUUCAGGACUGGUGCCUCAGGACUUACGGGGACUCGGGCAAAACCAAGACGGUGACCCGUAAAAAAUACGAGCGGAUUGUCCAGCUCCUGAACGGCUCCGAGACGAGCUCCACGGAUAAUGCCAAAUUUAAAUUCUGGGUCAAAUCCAAAGGCUUCCAGCUCGGCAGUCCGGACGAGGUCAGUGGUGGUGGUGGUGCCGCUGGUGGCGGAGGGAUGCAAGUGCUGUACGUGCCGGUCAAGACCACG